UAUACAGUGUUCACUACAUUCACUAUUAUAAAAGAUUUGCUCUCUCCAGCCACUAAUUGCAAGGGGAAGAAAUGCAUUUCUCACUGUAUCUAGAAAUACUGGGUGUCCGGUUUGAAAGCAGUGCCCUCAGCUUUAGCACAUGGCAUCUCUAUUCAUGGGAGCAUUGUCAACAAACUCAGUUUCUGAAGCACCUAGCUGGGCCUGCAUAAAUACCCUUCACUGAUGCAUAGGUUUUAAAGGGACAGCAGCAGUGGUUAAAGUUAGACCAUUAGAAAUAUGCAGGAUUUUUAAAUCUUAAGCAUAAGCUGUUGAGAAGAAAGUAGCAAAAUGACUCCUGUUAACUGCUCCACAGGGAAGCCCUUAUGUGUAGUACCCCCCUCCCAACUGUGAAGUGUGCUUCCUGGCUGCAGGCAUGGAAUGUAGCACGGUUCUAAAUUUAUCUGCAGUUGGUUGUCCUGCUACCCUGAGUGAAACCAAGGGGAAGCACUUUCCUUUUGUAGCUACACAGUAGGGGGAGAGGAGUAGGCGGGUUCACUCUGAGGGCAGAGUUCUUGCAAAACCACAAAUUGGAUGUCUUAAGUGGAAUGUCCACUUAGGCAGGACAGAAUAUUGGAGCAGACAUCCUUCAUUUAGAUACAGGAUGGGGAUCUUUGCCUUGAGGGGAGAAGGUAGGUAUAAAUGCCCCUUUGUCCUUCCAUUGGACAAAGGGUGAGAGGGGGAGGAGUAGAAUGAGGUGGAGAAAGGAACAGCCCAGGAUGAAUUUCAAUGAGGAAAGGAAAAAAAUCUCACACACUCAGUUGAACCAAUAUAUACAUUAUGACUUUUAUUGAAAUGCAUGUACAGUAGAACGUCAGAGUUACGAACACCUUUGGAAUAGAGGAUGUUUGUAACUGAAAUGUUCAUAACUGAACAAAAUGUUGUUCCUUCAAAAGUUUGCAACUGAACAUUGAUUUAUUACAGCUUUGAAACUUUACUGUGCAGAAGAAAAAUGCUGCUUUAAUCAUCUUAAUUUAAAUGAAACAAGCACAGAAAGUUUCUGUACCUUGUCAAAAUAAAAUGUUAAACGUUUCCUUUAUUUUUUUAGUCGUUUACAUUUAACACAGUGCUGUACAGUAUUUAUUUAUUUUGGUCUCUGCUGUUUGAUUGCAUACUUCCGGUUCCAAAUGAGGUGUGGUGUUGACUGGUCAGUUCGUAAUUCUGGUGUUCGUAACUCUAAGGUUCUACUGUAACUGCCUUUCCUCCUGAAUUGGACCCACUUUACAGACGUCGGGCCUGAUUCUGAUCUCACUUAUACCCUGUAACACCACUGAUUUAAAUGUAAUUACUCCUGAUUUACUCUAGUGUAAAUCGGAGAAGAAUCAGACUCUAUGUGCACAAGACCCAUUUCCUUUUGUACUGCAGUGCAGCCGCCUCUUGAGUGGAACGUUAGAAACACUAUAUGACAGUUUAGGACAAGCUAUGAAGAACAGUCUCCCAACUGAAGUUAUGAGGGGGAAUUUCAAGGAAGUAGAAUAUAAUGGGAGUUGGAAUUUGGCUAAGAAACCAGAACAAACAUCCCUGCUCUGAUGGAAAAAAUAAUUGGGUCUUAUAGUGUCUGUUCCGGUUAAGAUGUAUUCUGUUUUCCUGAGACAGCCACAAGAUGUCAGGAAGAAUAAAACCAGAAAAUGAAGAUACUGAAGAGGGAUUUUUUUAUUAUUAUUUUUUGUUUUUAAGAACAGAGUUUGCAUAGUCCAUCAGAAGAGCACCCUCUUUGCUGCCUGGUGCCCAUUGGAGAUCUAUGACAGUCUUCUCCUCCCACUUACUAUUCUGUAAUUCCAUUGACUUCAGUGACGCUAACUCCUCCUUGCUUGCAGCAGUGGGAGUAAGAGAACUGGGCCCACAGUGUCCCUACCCCUUGGAAGGUUUUGAAUAUUGACACACUUAAUGGUUGAAUGAGUGGUUUGAGGGAAGAAUUGCUCUGUUGGCCUUGUGUGAUGCGCCACAAGCAUAAAGACAGCUCAGAAGAGAGAAUUUCUGGUUGUAUGUCAUUAGCCUUCCUCACCAAAGACACCUAUAGGUAUCGUCAAUUUAAAGGUGGGGAGACAGGUCAAGGCCAUCCAGCCAGUCAAUGGUCUUGGGCCUCAGGGUUUGUUUCCCCACCUGUAAAAUAUGAACACUGCCUGGAUUAGACUCAGAGUUUCUGGACCUGCAAGCACCUCCACAGAGCUGAUUAUGUAACAAAUUCAGCAUGAGAAGUUUUACACAGGAUCCAUAGCCCAAAACAGGAACAGAGUUCUACCAUCUUUUAUAAUAGUACUUGUAUAUUGCUUUUCGUUUGUACCACUACACCUGCUCAGAGAAGUUGCUUCCACCACAGGACAAUGCAGAUGGAGAUUUCAGUCAUCUGCACUGUAGUGACUGCAGCACAACUCAUAAGCAUCUUAAUGGUAGACCUCAAUGUGCUUUAAAAAGGAAUGUAAGUAUCCGUCCCAUUUUAUAGUUGGGGAUGAGACCUGUGAUUUGCCCCUGGUCAUGCUGCAAAUUAGAGAGCUGGGAAUUUUAAUUUCCUGCUUUCUAGUCCAGUGUUCCAACAUAUAAUGCUUUCUGUGAGUAGCCUUAUGGAGCACUACAUACCAGAAGCUGGAGUCACCAGGGUCUCAUCUUUAUAUUGAACUGAAGCUGGGCGCCGACAAGUGUCAAAAAUGGCAUCACGGGGCUCCAUGAUUUGUGGGUCUCGGUGACUCCAGAGCCAAUGUGCUCAGUUUACAAGUAACAAGAGACGUAUUUUUAACUGCGAGCCUGUCAGAUUCAGCCUGGGAUCUGAGAGUUUGAGCUAGGCUCUUCCCUUCUCAUCCCCCCUUCCCCCGCAUUGUUGAUGUCCUCAGCGAGUCCCUAAACCCUGGUAUCACCAAGCCCUGCUCUUCAAAACUUACGAGUCGAGCCCCCACAAGCUGAGACUGGCUCUCAAAUCAUGAGAUUUUUUUAAAACUUAACAGCUGGUGGGGUCGCUGCACCCUGGCUUCUGCACCACCAAUGGUGAGGCGUCAAGCUCCUCUCCACAGCCAGCACUGGUUUUCCAGGGAGAGCCGGGAGCUGCCCUGGAUCUCCUGACUCCAGGCGCUGGGGCUUUACGCAGACCCCUGUGACAGCCAGGCUCAGGCUGUAGGCCCCACCCCUGCGCGCAAAGGGCAGGUGGGGCUGGAGAGGUGACCCCCACCCCUUGGCCUGGGGGCGGGGGGGAAGGGAGGACAGCUCGGCCCCCGCCCUCCCUUGGCUGCGGGACUCCAAGAGCCCGGCUCUGCUGCCCCCGCCCGACCACAGGCUGGAACCGAGUCUUUCAGGGACCGGCCCGUCACGUGAUUACGCCUCGCUUUCUCCCCCACCCUCGGUGCGCUUUUUGAGCCUGUGGAGCCUCCGUAGCACCCCGAUGGUCAUAGAGAGCCGGAGCGUCGGCCCGCCCAAGAGAGAGAGACCAUCUCUAUGGUCGCCGCGGAGAUGCGGUCGGUCAGUUAUGUGCAGCGGGUGGCGCUCGAGUUCAGCGGGAGCCUCUUCCCCCACGCCAUAUGCCUGGGAGACGCCGAUAACGAUACGCUGAACGAGCUAGUGGUGGGGGACACCAACGGGAAACUCUGCGUGUACAAGAAUGACGAUAGCAAGCCCUGGGCCGUGCGCUCCUGCCAAGGAAUGCUCACCUGCGUUGGUGUUGGGGACGUGUGCAAUAGAGGAAAGAAUCUGGUGGUUGCCGUGAGUGCCGAGGGCUGGUUUCAUCUGUUUGACCUGACUCCUCCACCCUCAAAGCAUCCAGAUGCGUCUGGCCACCAUGAACCCCCACUGGCAGAUGAGCAGAAGCCGGUGUUCAAGCAGCACAUUCCUGCCAACACCAAGGUCAUGCUGAUCAACGACAUUGAUGGAGAUGGGAAGUUCGAGCUGGUGGUGGGUUACACGGACCGUGUGGUGCGAGCCUUCCGCUGGGAGGACCUGUCUGAGAGCUCCGACCACAUCUCCGGCCAGCUGGUGCUGCUGAAGAAGUGGCUGCUGGAGGGGCAGGUGGACAGCCUCUCUGUGAACCCGGGCCCUGAUGGUGCCCCCGAGAUGAUGGUGUCCCAGCCGGGCUGUGGCUACGCUAUCCUGCUCUGCACCUGGAAGCCGGACCAGCAGCCCCUAGCAGAGGGAGGAGACAGCUCUGCAACCAGCAGGGAGGCCCCAGUUCGGGACGUUAUCCUUCACCAGACGUCUGGCAGGAUUCAUAACAAGAACGUUUCCACUCAUCUAAUUGGCAGCAUUGGCCGAGGCUGCACUAAAGCGGAUGCUGGCUCGGGCCUCUUUGCCCUCUGCACUCUGGACGGAACGUUGAAGCUCAUGGAGGGGGCGGAUAAGCUGCUGUGGUCUGUGCAGGUCGAUCACCAGCUCUUUGCUCUGGAAAAACUGGAUGUUACCGGCAACGGGCACGAGGAGGUGGUUGCCUGCGCCUGGGAUGGCCAGACGUACAUCAUCGACCACAAUCGGACUGUGGCCAGAUUCCAAGUGGACGAGAAUGUUAGCGCGUUCUGUGCCGGCCUCUAUGCAUGCAAAGGAGGCCACAACAGCCCCUGCCUGGUUUACGUCAGUUUCAACCAGAAGAUCUACAUCUACUGGGAUGUGCAGCUGGAGAGAAUGGAAUCCACCAACCUGCUGAAGAUACUAGAGACCAACCCAGAAUACAGGGACCUUCUGCAGCAGCUGGGCGUGGAGGGAGAUGAUGUCUCGGCUGUCAAAGAUCUGAUUCACAAGACCCUGUACUUCCCAGAAAAGCAGCCACAGAACAGCCCUUGCCAACAUCGGGGCCCUGCUGGAGCAGACUCCUCCAGUCACCCUACCAGUGCCCAAGACUUGUUGAAAGUGGCAUUGAGAGAGACUCCAAUGGAGCUGGGCUCUGCUAAGCAGAUUUUCUACAUAGGCUUCCUCAGUGCAUCUCUGCCAAUGCACCUCUUUCCUGACUUGUGGCACCCCCUGCUAUGUUACUCCAGAGUAUGGAAGGCCAAUCCUACAGGACUCUGAUGAUUUUGUGAUGUGGGCACAUAGCCGCUUGUGACAGAAAUGAGCCCCCUCCCUGCAUUUGGCAUGCAAUUACACACAGAAAUAUACAUACUUCCAGUUCCACACAUGCUCUUUUGCAGGGGCAUCCUUACCCAUAUGCAAACUACGCAGCUGUGUAGGGCACCAGGAAAUUUGGGGCACCAAAUUGUGCCAGAUUUCCUCGUGCCCUAUGCAGCUGCGUGCUGCUCCAGCAGCCAGCCCGAUCCCCCAGCCAGCUGAGCUGGACAGGAAAGCUGCUCCCGCCCCCUUGUCCACUCCACCCCUUCCCCAUAGCCCCUGCCCUUGCCCCGCCUCUUCCUGCCCCUGCUCCACCCCACCCCCACUCCACCCCUUCCCCUGAGCUAUGCCCCAGGGGACUGCAGCAGGGGUUGGGAGCACCUUGCACUCAACGGGCAGCGGGAAGUGGAGUGUCCCGGCCCCAGACUGCUCCACUCUGCUGGCUCCCAGCAGCGCCACUGGUGAGUGCUGGGGGGCGGUUCCCCCCUGCCCCCCAAGGCUGGGAGCCAGGGGAGCAGGGCGGGCUGGGGCCGGAUCACUCCACUUCCCACCGCCCCGUGAGUGUGGGGUCGGGCGUGCCCUGCAAUCACCAGGCAGCAGGAAGUGGAGCAACCCAGACCCAACCCUCUCCACUGGCUCGUGCUGAGGGGUGGUUUUCCCCCUGCCCCCCAAGCCUGCUCCUGUCCCCCACAGAUCUUGAGCACAGCCUGCCCCCCACCCCCACCCCCCACCAGAGGCCUGGGGCUAGCCCCGCCGCAGGGGGCUGUAUAGGGCACCACAAUGUCUAGGGAUGGCCCUGCUCUUGUGCUCAUGUAACGCUUCUUGUGUGGGUGCUUUCUCACACACACCCCCCAACAUAGAGCAGUCAUGAAAAGACUGUUCUACACAGAUAUAGCCCUGUUUCUGCAUGGCCACAGCUUGGUGCCGCUUAUCAAGCUCUGGUCCCUGCAUAUCCCACUUUGGUGGGCAGGAGUUGCUAGCAGAAACAUGUCCCAGCUCUGAUUACAUCUCAUUCUCCUGAUGGGGCCCCAGUCACCAAAGGGUUCCCACAGCUGGCUACCAGGAACACUCCAUUUGCCAACGCCAGGGUCAGGCUGGCAGAGCUUCCAACUGCUCUGAGCCCAGGCUGUGGUAGGGCGGUCAGCGGGCUAUUGUAAAGCAUUCCCAGCCACCUGCCUGCAGAGCAGCUGUUUGCAGAGCCGGGUCAAUAACAACGGAGAAUGACUUGGUUCUGGCUGCCCGCUUGAAGCAGAAAUCUUUAUUAUCAACAGAGGAGACAAGGGAGCACAAAUGACUGCAUUGAUACCAUGGAUGCAGCAUGUUCAUACAAAACACAGCCACUGCCACACAGGUCAAACUGUUGCCAAGGAAGAGAGCCAAGUGUAGCUGCUGUGGGACAGGAAACUGAGUAAGGCAUGGAGGGGCUCAUGCAGAGAGAUGACCCUUUGAUGGGGACCUGCUUCCAACCAGACUGGGCAACAUGUACCCAAAUGAAUACCGUGAUGGGCAAGUGCGAGCCAUUCAGCAUGACGCUCUGACCUGGGACCCCCCCUCUCCCACUGAUGAGCUUGGUAGAGAGGUCACAUGGGUACAAGCACUUGAGCACCUGCUGCGGAGGACUGCAUUGUCCAAAAGACAGGGGGGCCUCAUUUACAAACACAGUGCUGUAAAGCUGGUGGUCUACUUCUUAAGCAAAAAGAGUUUUCAUCCAAAAAUGGUCCCAAUCUAAAAUUUUCAUGCAAAAUUGUCCAUUUCACAGUUUAUCUAUCUGUUUUCCAUUUCUUUUGAUGUUUUUAUCAUUUUUUCCCUUUUACCCUCUCUCCUUGUCUUUUCAGUCAUUUUCAAAAAUCAAUCCCCCCCCCCAAAAAAAAAAGGGGGGAGAAAGAGAUAUGCAGGGGGAAGGAAGAACUUAAAAACUGAAGAACAAAAAUAUCAAAAAAUUUUGGAGGGUGAAAUUGUUUUUCCAUUUUUUCAACCAACUCUAGAUUGUUCCUGGCACUCAAAGCCCGUGGACGCUCCUGUUUACUCCCUUCUUUCCCCUGUUCCCAUUAAGGCACAAGAGGAUAGGCAAGGAUAAGAACCCCUUGUACAAAACAGGAGCAUUGUCUCCUGCUGAGAGAACCAGGGCAGUCUUAUAUUGCCUUUGUGCCAAGAGACGCCUUCUCCCUCUCUUCAUGUCCCAACCCAGCAAUUGAUGGUGGCAGCCCCACGUGAGUCUAACUGCCAUAACUUCCACUAAAGUGGGGCUCUACGAUGAAAAGUGACUGACCAUGGCCCCUUCUUCCCAGGGUACAUUCAAGUCAUGGUUGCUGCUCGGACCACUUUUUGGCCCCUGUUCGCCCUGCAGAGCGAACAUAGCUGAGAGCGGGAGUGGGAUUCUGUUCCUGCCUUGCUAAGUUAUGAUCAGUGACAUCUGUGCAAAUCCCCUGGUGGCACUCGGACUCCACUGUGUCACCGAGGGCAGAAUCUUUAUCACAGGUGAUGACAGAGGAGAAAGAACGAGCCGAGCUUGACUUAGAUCCCAGGGCAGUUUGCAGGGCUGGCCCAGAUCCCUGAAGGAACAUAGGCUCCUAACUUACACUGAAAUCAACAGAAGUUAGGAUCUGGACCUUACCGACCCCAGUUCAUGGUGCUCGGUUUACAAACAAAAAGAUAUUUUGUUCCUGAGAGAUGAUAAACAUGGAUGCCCAUGACGCUGCUUUUAACAAUUUUCAGAGCCCAAAUGACCUUUAAUACUUCUAGAUGCUUCCCAGCUGAACACCAUCGAGGCUGCAAGUCUGUGCCAGCAACUGAGAGCCCACUAGCUCCUUGAGCAACGGGGGGUUAAACAGCACCCCCGUGGUACGCGUGUGCGUAACCAAAUGUCUGGCAUUUAGAGAUGCUGUAGCCUUCUGAGUGCUGGCUGGGAUCGGUGGCUGGCUUGAUUUUCAAUACUUUCAGAGCCCUGUGGGGCACAACCCAGGACCGUGAUGAGCAGCGUUUAGGCUGGGUGCAUGAAAGCACUUUCUAGGAACAGAUUUUGGCUCCCGUUCAGAAUGAUACAUUUCUGUGUAUAAGAGUCGCAUCUGCAGUGACACUGACUUGGCUCCGUUUAGCCCCCGUACUUCAGGACAUGAUCUGAUCACUAAUGGAGGUCAGGAAAGACGCUCCCCCGGUGGUAUAAUAGUGCACAAUUGUGUGCAGUAGGGGGAUGUCGUGCCUUAUUCUGAAGCAUUAUUUCGGAGCCCGUGUUGGAGGCAGGAGACCACACUAGAUGGCCAAUGCUCUGGUCAGGUAAUCAUAGAGUUUAAGGCCAGAAGAGACCACUAGAUCACCUAGUCAAUAAGUGGACCGUGGGCCAAAUCCAGACUGCCAGGUGCUUUUGAACAGACCGCAAAAUCUUUUUAUUAUUAUUUAUUAUUAUUAUUUUCUCUGGAUCUUGACUAUAUUUUGACCAAGAAAUUUGGACCUUGACAAAAAAUAAUUGACUGCCCCCCAAGUCUAGUCUGACUUGCUGUACCUCACAGACCACCAGCACCCACACACUAAACCCACCAACUGAAAUGAGACCAAAAUAUUACAGCCCACAGGAGACUAGACUAUAAUGUGCCAGAGGCAGAGAAAAGAAGGGACCAAGUGCACCAGUGCCUAAGCCUCCUGCAAUGGCAGGGAAAUGAGUAAGUGAGAUAUACCCAGAUAAUCUUGGCAAGCAACCUGCACCCACACAUUGCAGAGGAAGGCAAAUCCCCCUGUCCCAUAAACUACCUGCCAAUCUGACCUGGGGGGAUCGGUUAGACCCUGAGCAUGUGAGCAAGACCCAGCCAGCCAAGCCCCUGAGAGAGAGAAUGCUCGGUGCCACUUCAGAGCCCCUGGCCCACCCUGCCAAGGGUCCCAUCUCCAGCCGUGGCCAUCCCUCAUGUUUCAGAGGAAAGAGAUAAAAAAACCUCCCAGAAUACACUGGGGGGAAAAGAUUGCUUCCUGACCCCUUUAGGUGAUUGGCUGAAGCCCUGAAGCAUGCGCUUUAGGAACACAGGACAUAAACCAGAAGUGAGCUGUGGGGCUGCUUAGCUGUGCCCACCGCCCCAAAACAAGCACCCCCACCAUACAAUUGCACUCAUAAAUUCAUCUUGCUCUCUCUUGAAACUAAUGCAUUUGUCCCCCCCACCCCCACACAAGUCCAAUUGGGAGGCUGUUCCAGAACCUCACCCCUCUGAUGGGUAGAAACCUUCUUCUCAUUUCCAGCCUGAAUUUGUUCAUGGCCAGUUUAUAGCCAUUUGUUCUUGUGCUAGCAUUGUCCUUUAGCUUAGCGCUUCACCCUCCCUAGUAGUGACCCCCUUAAUGUAUUUAUAGUUCAUAGUAAAAUCCUGCUUCAAAUAUUAA